CCAAAUUUUACAUGUACUGUCUUUCAUUUUCCAACAGUUGGUUAGAAAGGUUGUAUAGAUAUGGCUCCCACAAAAGCGGCCGUUCCAGCUACCAAACCCCAAGGAAAGAAACCCCAAAUUAGAGGGAAAGGUCUUAAAAAGAAGAAAGUUGCUUUAAAAUUUGUUAUCGACUGUACCCACCCCAGCGAAGACAGUAUUCUCGAUGUCGCCAAUUUCGAGAGUUAUUUGAAAGAAAGGAUAAAGAUAAAUGGUAAAACUGGAAACUUUGCUGCAGGAAAAGGUGGUCAACACGCUGUCACUUUAAGUAGAGAUAAGAAUGUUAAAAUUGUACUGAAUUCAGAGAUUCCGUUUUCAAAAAGGUAUCUUAAAUAUCUUACUAAAAAGUAUUUGAAGAAAAACAAUCUCCGUGAUUGGUUGAGAGUAGUUGCAUCAGGUAAAGAUUCCUAUGAACUAAGGUACUUCCAGAUCAAUAGUCAAGAAGACGAUGACGAGGAAGACAAUGAAUAAACCGUUAAUUUUUUAUGAAUUAAACCAUUUAAAUUAAUAA